GCAGCGCCCGGGGAGCCACGUGGUUGAAGUGACGCAGGGCGUAUUGCGGCUGAGUCCUGCGGUUCGGUCACAAGCGAGAGGGAGGGAGAAAAGAGAGAUCCGAGGAAAGAUCGCAGUGCCCGGCUAUUGUAUUGUUAAUCAAAGGGCUUUUCCGAGGAAGAGGGAGAGAUUUGCCGGUGGAUUUUUUUUUCUUACGGAGGAGUGUCUGAGUGACCGAAGGGGAUAUGGCACAGUGAACUCUCCAAGGUCUCCUCCGGGUGAACUCCAACAUAGUCGGUUCCGCGGGAGGGAGGAUGGUGAUCUCGGCACGACUGCCUCGCCGCCACCGCUGCCACCUCCUCCUCCGCCGUUGCCGCCCCUGCCACUCCGCCGUCCGCUCUUCCUCCCGCCGCCUCGGGCCUUGCUGCUAGGGCCGCCGACACCCCCCCCCUCUUCUCACGAGCCCCGGGGUCAUGGAGGACGUCUUGGCGCCACUAUUGCCGAGCGCGGCGGCGCUCUUCGACCCGACGCCAUCGCAGUUCUGGUCCGGGACGACGACAGCGGCGGCGCCGAACAGCACGUCGGAGUGCUUCAGCGCGCGCGGCCGCAACUCGGUGCUGCAGGGGACGCCGUUUGGCGGCGUCGUCAUCGUCCUCGCCAUCGACUUUGUCGUGUGGAUGGCGCUGCUCCUCCUCUUCUCGGUGCUAAGGAAAGUGGCGUGGGACUAUGGGCGGCUGGCUCUCCUCAACGAUAAUGACAGGCCUCUGGUCGCGGGCCGAUGGAAGGACUACAACUACUUCACGGGGCUCUACAAGGAGAGGAACAGUCGCCCCCAGCUGGAGACGCAGAACAGCGUCACCGACUACGAGAGCAAGGACAAGGGUUUCUGCUCCUGGCUCACCGCCAUAUUCAGGAUCAAGGAUGAGGAGAUCAAGCACAAGUGCGGCAUCGACGCGGUGCACUACCUGUCGUUCCAGCGCCACAUCAUCGCCCUCCUCAUCAUCAUCUGCAUCCUCUCCCUCGCCGUCAUCCUCCCCGUCAACUUCUCAGGCACUCUGCAGGGUGGUUCCCCGACCAAUUUCGGUCGCACCACAAUAGGCAACCUGGAGUCCACGGACAAACUGCUGUGGCUGCACACUAUGUUCGCCAUCCUCUACCUCAUCAUCACCAUCCUGGUGAUGCGCCACCACAGCGCCAACCUGCCCUACGAGGAGGACGAAGUGGUGUCACGAACACUCUUUAUAAUCGGGAUCCCCAAACACCUCGACAAGGAAGACAUUCUAAAGAGCCACUUCUACGAGGCGUACCCGACAUGCACCAUCACGGACGUGCAGUUCUGCUACAACGUUGAGAAGCUCAUCAAGCUGGACAAGGAGAGGAAGAAAGCGGCCAAGGCCCGGGCGUACUACGACAACAUGACGGACGAGACGAUGCGUCCCAAAAUGUACGGGGAGCUGUGCUGCUGUGACUGCUACGGCUACAGGAAGGUGAACGCGCUGGAGUUCUACACGGCGUUGGAGUCGCGCCUGACGGACGAGUGCGAGGAGGAGAAGAGGAAGAUCCCCGACAAUCCCCUGGGCAUGGCCUUCGUCACCUUCCAGGACGACAAGAGCGCCACGCAGGUGAUGCGCGACUACAAGAAGCUGCGCUGCUUGGGGAGCCCCAAGACCUCGAGCUUCGGCGACAUGCUGCGCUCAAAGCACUGGGGCGUCAAGUACGCGCCGGACCCCAACAGCAUCAUCUGGGAGAACCUCACGGUGCAAGGUUUCUCCUGGUGGGUGAAGGUGAUCGUCCUCAACACCUUCCUCUUCAUCCUGCUCUUCUUCUUCUCCACGCCGUCCAUCGUCGUCAACACCAUCGACAAGUUUAACGUCACCAAGCCGGUCGAGAGCCUCAACAGCCCCAUCAUCACCCAGUUUCUGCCCACGCUGCUGCUGUGGACCUUCUCCUCCCUGCUGCCGCUGCUGGUCUACUACUCGGUGUUUCUAGAGGGCCACUGGACCAGGUCGAGCGAAAACCGCGCCACGAUGCACAAGUGCUACUUCUUCCUCAUCUUCAUGGUGCUCAUCCUGCCGUCACUCGGGCUCACGAGCCUGAACGUGUUCUUCCGGUGGCUGUUUGACAAGAACUUCCUGAAGGAUGGAUCCAUCCGCUUUGAGUGCGUGUUUCUGCCGGACAACGGCGCGUUCUUCGUGAACUUCGUGAUCACCGCCGGCUUCAUUGGCACGGCCAUGGAGUUGCUGCGCGUGCCGGGCCUCAUGCUCUACGCCCUGCGCCUGUGCAGCGCCAGAUCCAUGGCCGAGCGCAAGAACGUCAAGCAGGAGCAAGCGUACGAGUUCCAGUUUGGGCAGGCGUAUGCGUGGAUGAUGACCGUAUUCACCGUCGUCAUGGCCUACAGCAUCACGUGCCCCAUCAUUGUCGUGUUCGGCGUGAUCUACGUGCUCCUCAAGCACAUGGUGGACCGCUACAACCUCUACUAUGCGUACAUCCCCUCCAAGCUCAACCGCAAGAUCCACUGCUCGGCCAUCAACCAGGUGGUCGCCGCGCCCAUCCUCUGCAUCUUCUGGCUGCUCUUCUACUCCGUCGUGCGCCUCGGCCCGAGGAACGAGAUCACCGUGUUCACGUUCAUCGUGCUGCUCUUCACCAUCGUCGUGUGCCUCUUCCGCAUGUUCUUCGGAUACUUCAAGUACCUGAGCGUGCACAACUACAAGGACUCCAUGGUGGGCAGCCCCCCUCUGGAUGACGAGGGAGGAACCCCCACUACACCACAAUCUCCGACCUACAAGGCAUCGGUGCUGUUUGCGCCAUCGGCCGUGGAGGAGGAGAGCGAGGUGAUGUCGCCCCAGAGCUACGGCUCCAUGGAUAAAGACGACGAACCGAACCACAAUCAGAGCAAGCCCCAGGGCGCGCCGACGGACGGCACUAACGGAAAACCCGGCGGAGGUGGCGGAGAUACGGCCAGCUCCGGUGCCGACGAGCCCGACCACCACCGGACCCAGUCGCCCGUCGCCUCCCCCAAACAUGGUGUACAGUAGAGCUGGGGAGGAGUGGCCUGGCAGGCCCGACCACCAACCCGCUUGUCAGCCAAACUCGUGAAUUGAGAAAGUCGGGGCUAGCUAGCAGGCAGGUGGCAGGGUGGCCUGGCGGGCGAGCGGGCGGGUGGGUGUAAAUGUGGCAGCCACCCUACAUGCUUGUCCAUCAGCUUCCAUGCGCACGACGAGACGGGAGAAGGAAGCGAUCGCGAGAUAGAAUUGAACGGGGCGGGAGGGGACUGAGAGAGAGAGCGCAAGUGAGGGAGACGGAAUAUGCGCAGAUGUGUAGGUCGGUGGCGGCGGGGGGUGAAAGUACACUGGCUGUGAACUCGGCGAUCGCUUCACUCGCAGCCAGGAGCCGGAUCGCCCGAGAUUGAUUGUUGCACAGCCUGGAACACGUUGCACUAAGCGGUAGUGCCGUAAGGCCUUCCCUGUGUUGUUGUUGCGUCGCCUCAAUACGGAGGGCCCUCUUUUUUUCAGUUUUAUUUUUGCUGUAAUUCACUGCGAGGUUUGGCGUGACAUUGCCGCAUACUGUAUCUUUUUCGGCAAUGGUCAUUUUCAGUUUACGCAUCGGUCGCCGUGGCUUCUAGUUGACCCAUAGCAGGUCCAGCUGAAUUUGAAGACGUGCAGGGACUAAUCGUGGGUACGGCCAUCAUGCACCAACGGCGUGCUUUGCACACUUGCCGGAUUACUUGCAGAAAGUCUUAUCGACAAUUAAAAAAACAUUUCCUUUGUGGGGGCCGGAUAUUCUUAAUUAAAAAAGGAGACUCGCAAUGUACAAUGGUAAUUCUCAACGAGCCCGUCCAGAAUAAAUAGAAGACUUAAUUAGAUUCGGCUCGUUAUCAGAUUAGUGCGAUGUAAAAAUAAAACUUGACCUGGUGCACACUGAGCCUGGGAGACUGCAACCCUCCACUCGGAGACUUCGAUGCAAUUUUCCUCGUAGCUUCCACUCGUGGGGCCAGAUCCACGCUCGGCCUCGUGUCAGAAUACUCGGUCAAUCGCGAAUGGCACGGCCAGACUUCCAGGCCGAUUGGCGGCCUCCUAAAGUCUUGGGCGGGGACUUUAUUUAGUUGGAUCCAUGCAUGUAGCCCUCUUGGCUGGCCAUGAGCGAGCCAGAGCCCACUCGGGCUGCCUCCUCUCGCAUGUUGCUGUGUCGCUGGCUGCUUCUUCUUCGAGACCGACCGACUGACCCUUUGGGACCCGUCGGUGAUUGGCUUAUCCCACGGGGGGCCUGGUGCUCGGGUAAAAAUGAGGACCUCGUUCCCAAUUCAUUGCCACCUCCCUCGUCACUUUAUUUUUAAAAGCGCGACGUGUUAAAACGACUUUCCGCUAUGAUCGCAGCACAAGUAUUUACUGCGGCGAAGGAGAGAGAAAAAUGAGAAAAAUUUGCUUUGUGAAUGAAACAAAAAAGAAAUAUGAAAACGGUCCAAGCGCAUGAAGGACUAAUAUUUAUUAUCACCGAGGGUGGGUGGCGCGUGUUGCGGUCACACCAGCUGCUGCGGUUGUGGGCGAUUGGGGUUACCGGCGACGAUCGGCAGUGCCAUGCACGCACCGCUGGCUCUGUGGCAGCGUUCCGUGUGCAACGGGGAUGGGGGGGGGGGGAUGUUCCCUGUUGAGUAACUCGUAGAUCGACGGCCGCCGUGGGUCGGGGGAGAAGUGGUGCUGGGAGCAGCGAUAAUGUUAGUAAAGUAGACGUUAAGGAAAGCUGCCAGUUGUAUUUUUUUGUCCCCCGACUGUACGCUUGCGAGAAUAAUCAGUUAUGAGUAGAGGUAAUGCGUUAAAACAAAAUUGCUGGUGCGCAGUAUGGGAACGGUAGCGGGUGAGCGGUGAGAAUCUGGUUGGUUUAAAGGAACCAAUUUGGUCACUUAUGCCCAGGAAAUGUUCUGUCUGUCCAUCCUUCAUGAGUCCGUCCGAGGGCAUGUCACGUGUUUUCAUGGAAACUACAAAACCCCCUAAACCAAUCGCUGAACUCGCCACACAGGAUUACCAAUAUCAAUGCCCAAAUAUAUCUCGUUUUUGGGUCACUUUGCCAAUUAAAUAGUUUUCAGUGGGGUCCACCUUGUGGAACGGAGGUUCCGUUAAUAGAUUGGCUUGCCAGCCAAUUGUCCAUCUUGAGAUGGGCAUAGCCCAUAAAAACAGGGCUUCUGCCACUCUUGAGCCACCACCUAAACCAGGAAUUCACCAACAGCAAAAUGUCCGUUUAAUUUGUCAGAGAUCCAAAGACAGCCGUGUGCAUUCGCAAUAGCAAUCGUCAAAGUGAAACAAUCGUAUGAAAUAAGAGUACGAAACAAUCGUGCCCUAAAGGUGUUUAUUUAUGAUUUUAAAAACGUUUACAGUUUGACAUAGAACUUAAAUAAAAAUGCACAAUUAAGGAAUUUAUUCAUUAGGUCAGUUGCACGAUAGGGCAGUGGUGUGUUCGAAUGUAUCUUCGACACUCUCUAUGCCGUGCCAUCAUCAUCAAUAGCCAUGAUCAAUCGAUUGCUGGAUGAAGGCCUUUCCGAGCUGUCAAUAUCCCUCACGGUCUUGUGACGCAACAAAUCCACCCCCCGGCGCUUGCACACAAGCUUCAUCUCGUUGCUGCAUCUUCACGGUGGCCGUCCUCCCGGUCGCGUUCCAUCGGCUGCCACUUCGUCGUUGGUCUCAACCACCGGCCACCGUCUCUUCUCGCAACGUGUCCCAAACCCAAGCCCACUCGUCUUUUAUUAACAAGUCAACAUUGUCUUUUAACCCGUGUGUAUAUCUCUCAUCCACCUGUCUCACAAUGAACAGUAAUACAUACUCUUAGUUCUUUUGGUAAAGUCACGUAGGUAAAAUUUUAAAUUAAAAUUAAUAAAAAUAAAACAAUAAAAUCACGACGUGUCAGAGGCAACACUUGCCUCCGAAACGUCGUGAUUUGCCUCCGAAACGUCGUGAUUUUAUUGUUUUAUUUAUAUUAAUUUUAAUUUCAUUUUUUACCUACGUGACUUUACCGAAAGAACUAAAAGUAUGAAUCCUUGCAGUCACGAAAGCUUCAAAUCUAGAACAGUAAUACCCCGAUUUACAUCUUCACCCUUUUACGAAGUCACUUUAUUACUACCACACAACCUGAUUUGCGUCGUCUCAACACACACACUCAUGUCGCCAACAGCAUCGUCCGUCCUUUCUCGUCGUUUCGAUAUUCGUCGUCCCACCUUUGAGGAAUACAUCUCCGACGUAAACCGGGGUAUUACUGCAUUUCCAAGCGUGCUUCUCUUGCCUCUGGAUCAGAGACAUGUCUACUGAUGAAGAAACUUAAUUAAAUUAUCUUAAAGUGCGCAGAGAAACAUUGGGGAAAUGUUUGCUGCUUAUGUGUGUGUAAAUUCUUGGAAUUUGGGACGUUCAAAAUCCAGUCUUGUAGAGGCACAGAUGGAAUGUUUUAAUUUUACCCAAGGGAUUAUUGGAUAAACAAUCAUUCACUAUUGAGCUGUACAGACUGUGGUGAUGAUGAUCACGACGAUCAUGAUGGUGUUGAGGGUGUUGAUGUGUCGAUCAUAUCAACAAUGAUGAACCAUGCCUGUACUGAGGACUGAGUACCAAAGAAUAUUGACAUUCGUAAAAAUAAAAUAAAUACAAUUUUAGAUACCUGAAACACGCCACAAACCAGAUCAUGAAGUUGCUUUCAUAACAGGUAAUUUUUUGACAAUCAUACUAUUGAUUUCAACUAGUUCCAUAAAAAUACUAAGUAAUAAAUGAUAUGCUAUAAUUAUGCAGAUUUUAUCAUGUGCAUGAUGCCCAACUGCAGAUCUGUGGGGUGGCCCAUGGAAGGCAGUACAGCAAGUAGUUUACUCGCCUUUCCGUGCAGAUCGUUGACUUGUAUCUCCACGUAUGUGUGGGAUUUCUGCAGGCAUUCUGAUUACCACUGACAUUGAAAUAACAUAACAUUUUCAAUUUAAGGAAUUGGCCAAACGUCCCACGUAGGAUGCUCGUGAAAAAGAGCUUUCCUGGGUGAAAUAAUGACCACUUCCCAUGGAAUAAUAUCAGCUGUGAAUUGGGUGCAAACGCACUUUAUUCAUUUCCGGUCUCAAAGUUGCAAAUAGGGCCUGGUUGGUUGGGCCAUGUAGACUCAUUCGUCCGUCUGCCAACACGAUAUUUCUUUUUUUGCGUUUAAAACUAUGCAAAUCGGUUGGCUGCUGAUAACCAAAAAAUGUCCGCCACUCUUCGACGCUAAACACGUAACGGCUAACAAGACUGGGUCUGCGUUAGGACUGAUUUUAAUCGAACCCCUGUGUAAAAUGUGACAAUUUAACCAUGUUUUUACAUUUGAUGUUUACCCGUGUUGAGUUCAUCUCAGUUUCGGAAGCUUCGUAGUCUUACAGAGGUCAUCGCAGUGUUAGUUUAUGCCACAUCGCUUGCCAGCUUACUCCGUGAUGUCUCACUGGGUUACCACCAAGCAAUAUCUGUAGAAAUCACACGACUUGCACGAAUAACAAAGCAUUGAUUUCUCCUCCUUUGCAUUUACGGUGGCCUCAGUCCCCUCGUCUGAAACCGUUUUCAUCUCUCAACUUCUCUGCCCAAAGGGGCCAGGGGUCCACGGCUCACGCUCCCUCCAUCUCCCAUUCAAUGCCAAUCCAUUCUUUACCAUGGAAUGCUACACUCCACACGAGCAUUCUCGAGUCAUCACUAGAGAACGCCAGUUGAGGUGGGACCCCCCUUGCCUUGCCUUGCCUGAUGUUGUUAUUUUUCGGUGACGCCAUCACCGAAUGCAAUGUAAUGGCGACGUUCAAAAAUCUGUCCUGGUCUGUAAUUUAUUUUCGUUCAUCCUGUGAAUCUCCCAAGAUCAUUUUACUCAAUAGAAUUUAUCUAUGAAAAAGAAAAUAGCAAAUCCAGUGACUGACCACGGUGAUUUUUUUUGCAAAUCAUUUUGCAGUUUCUGGGCUUCUGGACAAUGUUUGUGCUGAAAGAGAACAUUCGAAUGCAUUUGCAGCUUGCCAUAUGUUUUCCUACUGCACGACAGGAGGUGUCGUCAUCGCACACUGCCGCAGCGCGGCUCACACGCCGGUGAGCUGCAAGUGCAGCGUGUACACACAGUGCGAGGUGGCCAGGCGAUGAGAGUACAUCAACGGAUUCUUGAAUCUAUAUCUGUGUGGAGCUUUUGAGUGUUACCCCAUGGUACAGCAAGUGUUUUUUUCUCCUGUUACACAACUUUCCUCCCACACCAAGCCAAACCCUCCUUCAUAAAAUUGGCCAAACAUUACAAUCCAGGGCCCUCUUGAAAAAGGGUCUUGAGAGUCGGUGAGGCUUUCCUGGAUAAAUAAAUGGCAUUGAUACCGAUUACUGUCUAUUUAAUGAAGAGGGGAGUUCAUUACGGAAUUCCUAUUCACAAAGAAAUAGUGCUAUAGAUGUCUGAACAAUCAUGAUGUAAGUGUAAUACUGCAAAUGAAGACAUGUUACGGUUUUUUCUCUAAAGCAAUUUUGAGGAAUGUACAUUGUUAUUUGGGUUAUGGCAGGGUUUACAAACCCCGGAGUCCAUGUGGCCCACCGUAAUCCGCAUUUCCAUGUUCAUCAAUCUCAUUUGAAUCUGCGCUCUCAAAACGAAGUGAUAAAGUCACGAUUGUUCUUGUGCAAGGUCACUGAAGCCUCAAAGUGUCGAAGGCUUCCUGGAAGGUCAUGGCACGUGCCGAGGUCUGGUGUAUGGCAUGUACACACACAAGAUCUUUACAUUUGAAUCGAAGCUCUCUACAUUAUGCCAUCAAUUGUUACCAAUCAUCAGACAUGCCUAUCUGUGAAACCUUACUAAUUGGCUGUGUUGGGUCUUGGCGGGUUUAACGACACAUGCAAUCUAACCCCAAAAACCUCAUGGAUAAUAUUGGUCGCGAAAGCCUACGUGUUAAACUGCUCAAUUUGUAUCCGAACAGAGAAGAUGAACAUUGAAAGGAUGCGAGCUGUGGUGAUUUGCAAGAUCUGGAGUGAGUGAAACCUUGGCUUAGGUUGCGUUGAAAUACGGUGGCCUAAAAACCUUUGUUCUCUUUGUAAGAGAAGGUGGUGGAGGUUGAGACGACACCAACAGCACUCGUGGCGCCGUUUGCAAUUGGCCGCAGAGUGUACAAAUGCAUCGUGCUGUAUGGGAAAACGUGAUUCUGGAUGCAAGAGCGGCCGCGGUGGGGCCCCAAUGUUCUGCGCAGAGGUGUAACGGAUCUUACUUAAUGGCGAUUCAUCUUCUUGGUUCUUUCGGUAAAGUCACGUAGAAUGGAAAUAAUAAAAUAUAAUAAAAUAAUUCUCACGACGUUUCGGCCACAACGCAAGCAGCCGUCCUCAGGUGAAGAACAGGUCUGUCGAGAAGACAGUCUGAAUGACACUCCAGGCUUGGAGCGACUAUUUAAGCUGGGUUGGAAGGGGGAAGGGCGCCUUGACAAAAUAAUUUGCAUAUCAAGAGGAAUUUAGCAUAUUUAUGGUAAAUGCAGAUAUGCGAUUAGUACUACCUGUGAAAUGCGUAGGAGGUUUGGCGGGGGGUUUAAAGUCAUUAUGCCCGUGCAUUAUGCAGGAUUAGCAGCAUCAAACGCGUCCGUCGCUUGUAUUUUUGGGGGGGUUCGAUGUGCUUCAAUCCGGCGUGUUCCAUGCCUUGGGUCUACAUUGUAAAAAAAAAGCGACCUUUAGUCUUAAGGUGCCCUCGCGUGGAGUGCAAAUACAGCAUCUGUGGGCGGGACGGUUGCAUACAAGACCUUAAAGGUGAACAUCUCCCUUGAUUGGCACCGAUUUAAAUCGGAGCUCGGGGAAUUUGACAAAUUAAGUUGUACUCUUAGGUUUUUUUCGGUAAAGUCACGUAGGUAAAUUUUUUUUUAAAAACUUAAUAAUAGUAAUAAUGGAAUUAAAAUAAAAUAAUA